CUUGGCAGGGGUCGUGGAAACAAACGGUCGUCUCCCCUGGACUCCCUAGUGAAGAUUAAGUCGAGAUGCUGCUCAAAACCGGGGGGUAACCCCCAUCUCUCACGGUUCGUCUCAUUUAUCUACUUGAAGGCUUGCGCCUUUACACUUCGCGCAGAGCAGACUACUCGCUCUCCCAUCUUCCUUGGCCAUAGCCAGUGCUCCGAUGCUGGCAUCACCACUCCAUUCAUCCCUCGGUCUGUGAUCGAUUCUCUUCGACUUUGUGCAUACAUCCAUUGUCUUCACACCAGUUCGGGUAGGCUUGACGCCACUGCCGUCCAUAUCUCACGGAUCUCUUCUUUUCCAUUAUCAACGCCAGACCCGGUUUCACCAUGUUCCACCAUCUUUCCUUCCUCCUCCUCCUCCUCACAACCAUCCUCACCCUCACCCUCGCCGCCCCUCCGCAGCCCUGGUACGAAAAAUACCAGCAGCGCCGUGUCACCGUCCCGCAAUCCUACUACGAAGCCGUCUCCCUCCGCCGCCAGACCCCAAUCAAACCCAACACAGUCCGCGACGUCAAGUGUCUCGACCCAUCCACUCACUUCGUCCUCUACGACGAGUACGCUGCCUCGCUGGCAAUCUGCGGCGGCAUCUCCGGACCGGCAGGGAAAUGCGCGGGCACGCCGGCCGAGACAGAGGGGCGGUCCGGCAGGGCACGGUUCGCGCUCCGCGCGCUGGGGCGGGACGGCGGCGCGGGGAUUGAUAUCUCCAAGGAGCCUUGGACGCGUUGUGUGGCCGCUGCGCGCGCCGCAUGUCCUGAGGGGAGCUUUGAGGCGGUCUGUGUUGGCGGGGCGACGAGGGGGGAUGUCGGGUUUUCGUUGACGAGU